AUGUAAUGUUGCUGUUCAAAGUAGAGAAAGGAACUUGACUACUUAUUCAAAGACGCGUAGAAAUACAAUCUUAAAAAUCUAGCUAAGAUUAUGGAGGAUUGUUAAAAUGAAGAAGAGGGAACAGGAAUGAAGUCCAUUGAAAUCAUGUCGAUAGUUAGUGAGCUGAUGGCAAUCUAGAGUCUAGGAAAAAUAUAGAAGAAGGAAUUGGUAAGAGUAUUCAGAACAAUUUUACCAAAGCAAAAUCAGUCAAAGAUAAAGCUGUUUAUGACGAAUAACUAUUUCUUUAUGAAUGAGACCUAGCAAGUUUACGAUUUCAAUAAAGUAACUCUUUUUUGCAUUCUCUACUGCUGUGGGGAUAAUAAGGACAAGACAAGAUUAAUAUUUAACAUUGUUCAAAAUUAUUCCAAUUAAUGCGUUGUCAACAAUACACAGAAGCUUAUCCAGGCUGUUGAAACACUUUUGUUUAUCCCCAGUGUGGUUGUGAGUGAGGUCCUUAUUUAAACAUAGAGAUAUAAUCCUGCUGAUUAUGAUCAUGACUUAUAUGAAUUAAUUUAAAUGUAUUCUCAUGAAAAAGACGUAUUAGAAGACUUCGCUAAGGAUAUGAUUGGCAUGUACCUAUUCCCCCCUCACUACAAAAAUCAAUUUCUAAGAGAAAAGGAAUUCACAGAAAGAAUGAAGGAAUUCAAGUAUAUAUUCUUGAAUCCUGUUUAGCUACGGGAAAAAUUUACUAUUUACAUCUUCGAUCGAAAAUAAAGAGGAAUGUUACCAAUUUAAACUAGGCUGACUUCAAAACCUUUAAUUAACGACAAUCCAACUCUAUACAAACCAAGUAGCACUUAGCAUAAGCAAGAGGGCUUGGCAAGAAACAGUGCUCGGGGUAGUCUGGCUAACUUAUUACCUAAUGAUUUUUUAAAGUCAUAUUCUUAAGAGAGUGCUAGGGAAGAAAAGAAAGCAAUGACGAAAGGCAAUGCUUAGCCUGAUUAAGAUGAACAAGAGAGUGUUAUCUAUAAAUAUGAUGAUGUCCCUCAAUCGAGCUUAAAGGUUGACAAAAAGUAGUAUUCAAGGCCAUAAUCUUAAGUUAAUGUAAAUGAUACCUCCCUGAAAGGAAGCAGCAAAGAUUUGAAUGAGUUUACUCUUUAAGGUCCUUUAGAAAAUCCUUCUAAUUAAAUUUCUUAAGAUACAUUGAAUAUGUCGAAACUGCUUAAUAAGAAGUCUUCUGGUAGAGAUACUAAUGAAACUUUAGGUUCUUAUAGAGGGUCACUAUAUAACCUCAACAGAUUCACUGAUGUCCAGCAUUAUUUGAAGGAAAUGUUCGGUCUCAGAUUCGUGAAUUAUGCAAAAAAUUUCUUCUAGCCUCUAGGUGAACCUGAGAUGCAAUUUUUGGAGAAGUCUUUUGAAACUAUUAAAAAAUCUCAUAAUCUAAAAUUCCCAGAAUUCAAUGAUUACCCGUAUUAAAUUAGGGAACUUUAUGAAUACUUCAAGAUGAGCAUUACCAAACAAGAUCUUAUUGAUUUUGCAUAAAAGAAACUUUAUAAGGACAACAUUAUAAAUGUAUACCUCCGAGUCCUUGAAAAAAUUAAUCUAGUAAAGUAAAGCGCUUUUAACUACAACAAAGCCAAAACCAAAAAAUCUCCAGAGGAGAUUCAAGGUGAAAACCCAAAAAAGAUUCUCUAUUAUACAACAACAUUUACUAAGAAACUUAACAAAGAUGCUUACUUAGAGGAAUGCUUGAAUUAGUUACAAUAUUUUGGGAAAUAUGACUAUGUAAUGGUUCCUUUUUUCAUUGAUGAAGUAAACGAUAAGCGAUGUCUUAUAGUUCAGAUCAAUAACAAUAUGUAAUAGGUAGAUCUCUAUGACAAAGAAAGAGAAACUGACAAUCACGAUAUAUCUGACACUGUUUUGCAUAUGAUGGAACUAGCUGCUAAACUUUAAGACUAAUCAUUCCAUGAUGAUAAAAUAGACGGAAGCGUGGAAGGUGUACCUGUAGAUAAUGAUGAAGAUAUGAUUGUAGCAUGCUGUCAUAUUGCUGAGCAAAUGACUCUAAAUUACCAAAUAGAAAUGUAGGACCUUGAUGUAGAUAGGGAGAGAACAAAGAUCCUCUAUUCACUUAUCAAACUUCUCUUUGUGGAAUGA